AUGUCCGCAAUUACUGUAAUUCAGACCAAUGGAAUCCAGGUCGACCAAAAGACCUUGACUGAACAGAUUCCGCCUCUAAUUGAGCUCGAUACCUCUCAAACUCAAGAUGACUGGGUGUAUCCGUACCCCACUAAUUUCAAGAUCCAUGAGCACCCCAUUGAUGAGGUCCGCGAACUGAAGGUCGCCGUAAUUGGCGCUGGCCUCGCUGGUAUCAUCGCUGGAUCACUCUUGCCUGCCAAGGUACCUGGAAUCCAACUGACCAUUUUGGAGAAAAAUGCAGACUUGGGCGGAACGUGGUACGAGAACAGGUAUCCUGGCGUAAGAUGCGAUAUUCCUGCACAUGUGUAUCAGUCAACAUUCUCCCCGAACACUCAAUGGAGCGAGGAGUACGCUCAAGGCGCCGAAAUUCGUGAUUACUGGCAGAAUGUUGCAAAGAAGCACGAUGUAUACUCGAAAGUACGACUACAAACCAAGGUCUUGGGAGCCUACUGGGAGCCAGACCGUUCACAAUGGAGGGUGGAAACAAAAGACCUCAACAGCAGGGAAGAGAAAAAGGAGCAUUUCGAUUUCCUGAUUCCUGCAAUCGGCCACUUCAAUGAAUGGAAGUUGCCAGAUAUUCCAGGCAUCAACGACUUCCAAGGCCAUCUUAGACACUCCUCCAAUUGGGAUCCCAGCUUCGAUCCGACAAACAAAAGAAUCGCCACAAUCGGCAACGGAGCAUCAGGUAUACAGGUCACUCCUGAGCUUCAAAAAGUUGCCAGCCACAUAGAUCACUAUGCCCGCUCGAGAACUUGGAUAGCAGGCGCGUUCAGUCCGGAGGCCAAAGACAGACAGUCCACGCCUAUGCACAUCCCACAGGAGCAGAUUGACUCUUUCUCAGAUCCUAAAGUCUACCUGGAAUAUAGGAAAGGGCUUGAGAAUGCGUUCUGGAAAACCUUCGAGGCACAAAUCAGGGACUCAGAGCUCAGCAAGACGUCCGCCCAGAAAUUCAGGGACCUGAUGCUCAAAAGACUGGGAGACAAGCCCGAAUUAUUGGACCAAAUUGUACCGGACUUCCCGCCCCAUUGUCGACGCCUUACACCCGGGCCAGGAUAUCUUGAGGCAUUAUGCAAAGACAACCUUACCUUCAUUCAGACACCUAUCUCACACUUCACAAAGGACGGUAUUGUGACCACAGAUGGAGUGCAUCGUCCAGUUGAUGCUAUCAUCUGCUCAACAGGCGCAAAUGUAGAUUUUGCUCCUCCCUUUCCUAUUGUUGCAGGCGAGUAUGAUUUAUCCCGGGAUUGGCGGCCUGAAGGUAAAUUCGGAUGGCCAUAUACGUACAUGGGAAUCGCAACACCCGGUUUUCCUAAUUUGUUGCAUUUGCAUGGCCCUCAAGGAUAUGGCUCUUCUGGCACUGUGCCACAUUCUGUUGAGACACAGGCCGCGUAUCUCGCGAAGCUCUUGCGCAAAGUCAGCACACAAGGCAUUGCAAGCAUCGUACCUCAGAAGCGUGCUGCCGACGCCUUUGUCAAGUACUGUGACGCCUUCUUCCCUCGAACAAACCUAUCCAGGAAAUGCAGCAGUUGGGCGAAUGGACGUCGACCAGGCGGCAGGAUCCAUGGUCUAUGGCCCGGAAGCGCUGCGCAUCUGACCACUGUCAGAAGAGAGCCACGCUGGGAAGACUACGAGUACACCUACAUCCACAACGACAACAUCUUUGCCUACUUUGGUAACGGGACUACCAAGAAAGAGUUCGACCCCGACAGUGACAUGACCGGGUAUCUGAGGGAAGAGGUGGACUUGAGAGACUUGCACGAGCGCUGGUGGGAUCUAUGA